AUGAGGAGCUAUAGCGUUAUCCUAGUAGCCGCGUUGAUGCUAGUACUGGCGACCAUCCGUAGCGCCGAGAGCAAAAAAGUAACCUUAGAUGAAGCCAAGAACACUGUGAAGAAUUUGAGAAAACCCUGCGCGAAGAAGACGGACGCUCCUAAAGACCUCCUGGAUGGGCAACACAGAGGCGAGUUCCCGAAGGACGAGAGGCUCAUGUGCUACAUGAAAUGCAUACUAACCACGACCAAAACUAUAAAGAACGACGAGGUGCAGUACGAAUGGUUCAUAAAGAAUGCUCGCCUCAUGCUGGAGGAAAAAUAUGUUCCGCGAGUCGAGCAUGUGGUCGAAGUCUGCCGGAAUAAAGUGACCGCGAAGGAAGGAUGCGAGGUCGCAUGGGAAUUCGGUGUCUGCGUCUGGGAGACGGACUCCGAGCUUUACAUUGCUCCCUGA